AUGCCCUCCCAAGUCCUUGACUACCCGGCAGGAUUCAGUGCCAAUGUAACGAUCGGUCCCUCCAUUGCCGGAACAUCUGAUGAAUACGAACUUCGAUUUGCACGCCGCGGCCUGGAAAGAAUCAAAGACCGCUUAGGUCUCGAAGCCAUCGAAAAACUCAUUCAACCUGACAUCGAUGAGUCAAAUGAAUUCUGGCGUAAAGUUCUAGCAGAGAACGUGACAGGCGAAUUCAAGCCCGCUCGCAUUGAACUCUCGGUUGAAGGUCUUACUAUGAAUGAAUUCCUUCCAUGGUUCCGCAACCGCUGCCAAAAGAAGGUCCCUUACAUGCUGGCGGGUCAGCCUGAGCAUUGGCUUGUUCUCUCUGAUGAACAUGGCAACGAAAAAGUGAUCGAAAACUUGGGCCCUUGGGUCUCUCGCUUCUUCAUCAAAUUCGAGGCUCCAUCUCAGCCUUUUCAGAAGAGAGACAUGUACGAGGACUUCACUCUCAAGCUCAGCGGUUAUGGGCACACCGAUGACGGCUUAAUCAAUGGCUACGUGCUACACCAAUUCAGACCUCACGCUGACGGCUCUGGAUUUGAUGCCAACCUUUGCAUCUACUUCCCAGCUUCGGCCCCUGAAAUUUUGUUCGAACAACAUCGUCAGCAUCUUGUUGUUGAGUUCACAAACUGGACGCGUCACUGCUAUCGGGAAUUGAAAGUGGAGAACAUCCGAAUUUGA